AUGCCCCACGUGCGCCAGGAGUCGCCCGCGGCGCCCGCGGCAACCACCGAGGACGAGGUCUCCGGUUUCUUCCGCGACCUGGCCGCGGAGGGCCUCCUGGGCGACGACGCGAGCCCCAGCGCCGCGCCAGGAGCUGGCGGCAACGCAGGCGCAGCACCACGCGCGAACGACACGGGCGUCCCGGCGGACCCGGGCCAGGGCAGCGACCACGAGGGCCGCCGCGAGGGCAUGGCGGAGAGCCCCGCGACCAGCAGCGAGCGCACCUCCGACUCGAGCGGGCAGGGCGACCAGCGCGUGUUGGGCGACCUGGAGGGCGCCCCCGGGUGGCUCGAAAUCCUCGAGAUGUCGUCGAGCGAGGUGUACUUCUGGCACCCGGACACGAACGACGUGCGCUGGGCGCCGCCCGAGGGCGGGCGGCCGCGCCCCCCACUGACGGAGCAGCAGCUGGCCGCGCUGGCGGGGGGUGUUGGUGGGGGGGUGUUGGCGAAGGGGUACUCGUCGGACCCGGAGGUCACGGUCGACGCGCAGGGCGGCCAGGGGGGCACCGGGAGCGGGGGAAACUCGCCGUCGGCGAGGACGCGCGGUGCGGACGGCGGCGCGGACGGCGGGAAGGGCGCGGGGGGCGGCGCUGGCGGGGCGGGGCGGGGGGCGAACGGGGACGGCGACGCGGAGAAUUUGGGCGUCGGGGACCUGCUGCGGACGCUGCAGGGGCUGGAGGGUGCGCUGGCGGCGGGCGGAGACGGCAGCGGGGCGGCGUCGCCCGCGGCAGGCAGCACGCCGUCGCCGCAGCGGCCGGGCGACGUGCUCUCGCGGGUGGGCGACCUCGCGACGGUGCGAUCGCUGCGGCGCGUGCUCGAGGUCGUCAACGGCGCGCUGCCGCGCUCCGCGCCCGGGGGCUCCCCCGACGGCGUCCUGGCGCGCGCCCUCGUGCAACACGUGCGCGCGGGCACCGAGGGCGUCGCGGCGGCGCUGGCGCCGGAACGUUCGCGCGGGCAGCAGAGCGGCAGUCCGGCGGAGAGCUCCCCCGGCGGCGCGAGCAAGCAGGAGGCCGCUGCACAGUACGCGGCGCUGGCGUCGCCGCCCAGGUCGGACGGCGCGCCCCCGGUGACCCGCGGCGCCGCCGCCCCGCACGACCCUGCGGUGGAGCGGCUGUAUGCGAGCGCGGCGGCGAUGUACGGCUACGGCGGGUCUUACCCGGGCAUCCCCGGGUACCCCGCGCUGCCGCCGUUCCCCGCGCAGGGCAUGCCCAACUUCCCGGCGCAGGGCAGCCCGCUUCGCACGUACCCGCCGGUCGGGUCGAUGACCGCGCUGGGCUACCAGACCUCCGGCCCUCCGUCCGACGGGAAGGCGGGGGUGCAGGAGGUGGUGGCAGCGAGCGCGCCCGAGGGCGGGCAGCGUGGCGGGGGCGAGGCGGCGCCGCCGGCGCGGGAGGUGCAGAACGGGGCGCACCGGGCGCACGACGCGGCGCCGGCGAACGGUGGCGCCGGGGCCGACGAGGCUCGCCCCCCAGGUGGCGCCGACGGCGGGGCCUCGGGCGCGGGCGGCGGGCGCCCGGCACGUGCGAACGGCGGGACGCUGCGGGCGCCGGAGGCUACGGGCGCGGGGGGCGCGGAGCGUCAGCUGAAACGGCCCCGGGAGGACGCGGACGUGAACAGGCCACACAGUCGCAGCAGACACGACCUCACGAACCUGUCGCGCGGCCUCCCGGACGGCUGGCUGGCCAUGGAGGACCCGGGGACGGGCAGGGUGUAUUACGGCAACGUGGAGACGCAGGCCGUGACGUGGGAGCGACCGCAGAAGUGA